AUGCCUUAUUCAAGUCUCUUCCGUUCAGAAGAGAUGUCGCUCAUUCAACUCUACAUUCCAUCAGAAACUGUCCAACCAACAAUGGCGGAAUUAGGAGAACUUGGCCUAAUACAAUUUCGAGAUUUGAAUCCUGAUGUAAACGCUUUUCAAAGAGCUUUUGUAAGUGAAGUUAGACGUUUUGAUGAAAUAGAAAGACGACUUCGAUAUUUUAGUGUACAAAUUGCAAAAACGGAUAUUCCUAUUUAUCCUUUGACUGGAGCACGCGCAAGGAGUGUUCAAGAACUUAACGAGCUUGAAGAGACAAUUAACCAACAUGAGCAACGUAUCAUACAAAUGAAUAACUCAUAUGAAACUUUACAAAAAAGGUACCUAGAAUUGACUGAGGCUAGACAUGUAUUACAAGAAACGGCUAUAUUUUUUGAAGAAGUGAAAAAUCGUCAAGACAUACGACAAUCCUUAGAUGAGCCUACAGCACCAUUGUUAGACCAUACUGAUGUUGAACAGGGAGAAUCUUUGGUUUUUCGUCACGCCAACUUUAGGUUUGUAACGGGUGUUAUAUUAAGAACAAAAAUGCAAAUAUUUGAACGAAUCCUUUGGCGUGCAUUACGUGGCAACUUUUAUAUCAAUCAUGCAGAAAUUGAUGAACUAAUUACUGAUCCAGAAACAGACGAAGUUUUAGAAAAAAACGUUUUUAUAAUUUUCUCCCAUGGACAAGAAAUAUUAAAUAAAAUUAAAAAAAUUUCUGAAUCACUGGGAGCUACACUUUAUCCUGUAGAUGAUAAUCCUGAUCAAAGACAUCAAACCCUAAUGGAAAUUACUACAAGCAUUAAUGACCUGAAUUCUGUUCUACAAAGUACAAAUCAGGCUCGUAGAACUGAAUUAUUAAAAGUUGCAGAGAAUUUAUCAAUUUGGUUUACCAUUAUUAAGAAAGAAAAGGCAAUUUAUCAUGCAAUGAAUUUGUUUAAUUAUGAUAGUACUAGAAAAUGUUUGAUUGCUGAAGGAUGGUGCCCAACUAAUGAUAUUGGCCAAAUUCAUAAUGCCUUGAGAGAACAAUCACGUUCUAUGGUACCUUCAAUCCUCAAUGAACUUCGUACAACUAAAGAACCACCCACCUUCCAUCGUGUUAAUAAGUUUACUGGAGGAUUUCAAGAAAUUGUCGAUGCCUAUGGUAUUGCAAAAUAUCGUGAAGUCAACCCUGGAUUAUUUACCAUAAUCACCUUUCCAUUUUUAUUUGCUGUAAUGUUUGGUGAUUUGGGACAUGGAGUAUUUGUUACACUGGCAGCUUUAUAUUUGAUUGUAUUUGAAAAACGACUGGAAAGAAAUGGAAAAGGAGAGAUUUUUGAAAUGUUUUUUGGGGGUCGUUAUAUCAUUCUUUUAAUGGGCUUGUUUUCAAUGUAUACUGGAUUAAUGUACAAUGAUAUAUUUUCAUUAUCAUUAAAAUUGGCAAAACCUGGAUUUGAAUGGAUCAAAAAUGACACUGAUGGAACCUACAAAGUGAUCCAAACUGGCGUUUAUCCAUUUGGAAUUGAUCCAAGUUGGCAUGGUGCAGAGAAUUAUUUGUUAUUUACUAAUUCAUAUAAAAUGAAAAUGUCAAUAAUUUUAGGUGUAAUUCAUAUGAGUUUUGGUAUAAUUCUUACCAUAUACAACUAUACAUAUUUUAAAAAAACCUUGAGUAUUUGGACAGAAUUUUUGCCACAAAUGUUAUUUAUGCAAUCAAUUUUUGGAUACCUUAUGCUUACUAUUAUAUACAAAUGGACAAUUAACUGGUGGGAAACUGACGAAUCAGGUCAAACCAUUAGAAAUAGCCCACCUGGUUUAUUGAAUACGCUGAUAUAUAUGUUUUUACAACCUGGUAAAGUCGCAGCUAAAGAUCAAUUAUAUCCUGGUCAAGAUAAAGUUCAAUUUAUCCUAUUAAUAAUAGCAUUAAUUUGCGUGCCUUGGAUGUUAUUAACAAAACCUCUUAUAAUGAGACAUGAUCAUAAAAAAAUUAGAGCACAAGGUUAUCAUAAUCCACAAACGGAUGCAACACGUAUAUCAACUGAUGAAAAUAAUGAGCAUGGUGGUGCUGUGGUAACAGAGGAGAUUCAUGAAGAGGAAGAAUUUGAUUUUGGUGAAAUCAUGAUUCAUCAAGUUAUACAUACUAUAGAGUUUUGCCUUGGUUGCAUUUCUAAUACUGCAAGCUAUCUACGAUUAUGGGCUUUAAGUUUAGCACAUGCUCAAUUGUCAUCUGUAUUAUGGGACAUGACAUUAAAAACUGCUUUAAAUUACCAAGGUGUCUUGGGAGUAAUUUUAAUUGCUGUUGCAUCAAUUUUUUGGUUUAUUUUAACGAUUGGUAUAUUAAUACUUAUGGAAGGAUUAUCUGCAUUUUUACAUGCUUUACGUUUACAUUGGGUUGAAUUUAAUAACAAGUUUUAUGAAGGUACUGAUCACAGAAUUAAAUAUCUACUAGAAGCUCUAAAAAAAGAACCCAAUGGGUUACAAAAACAUGAAGAAAGUGAAUUGUUUUUAUUAUUAUCACAAGUACGAGGAAUUGGAUCCAAGUGGUCAAAUCCUGAUAAGAUCGGUCAAGCAGAACUCUAUGAAGCCAUUAAUAGCGUCUUUAAUUCACUUAAAAAUUAUACAGAACACAGUGGACCUUUCCUUAAGAAAGUGAAUGCAAAAGAAGUCCCUGACUAUUAUCAAAUCAUCACCAAUCCUAUGGAUCUCAGUAUAAUAUCGAAAAGAAUAAAAAAUACACAUUAUAAUUCAAAGAAGGAAUUCUCUGAUGAUCUCUAUCUCAUCUAUUCAAAUUGUCUUUUGUACAAUACAAAUCCUGAUAAUGAGUAUCGAAAACAUGCGAUAGCAAUGAGAGAAAAAACAGAUGCAUUACUACAAUCAGUUCCAGACAUUACAAUCUUAAGUCAAGGUGCUCAGGCUAUUGAACUUUAUGAUGAUAACUCUGAUUCAGACUCAGGCUGUGAAGUAGAUGAAUGGGAUAUAAGGUUAAGACAAGAGUUCAAAGUACCUUUUCUAUCUCCAUUACCUUUAUUAUGGGAUCCUGAAAUCAAUAAUCCAAAUAGGAACAAGCUUUCAGAUCCAGAUUAUGAUCCAACUGAAAAUGCACCAACAAUUGAUGAAUAUCCUGAAGCACAAAUUCCAAAAACUGGAACUGCACCUAUAAUCGAUCAGAAUAUUGAAUUAUUGAAACAAUGUCACCCAAAGGAUUUACCACCAUUAGAAAUGAAUUAUGAAACGAGUUCGGCUGUGAUGAAGUGCUGUGUAGCAAAGUUAUUACAACAUUCUGGUUUUGAAUCAUCAAUGAACACACCACUUCACAUUUUAACAGAAAUUGCUGGUGAUUAUUUAAUGAACAUUGGUAGAACAUUUAGGAAAUAUCUUGAUGACUAUGAUAAAAAAAUGAAACCAGAAGAGAUAGUUGAGCAUGUUCUUUAUGAAAAUGGAAUAGGGUCAUUAAAUGAUAUUGAGUCUUACCUUCGAGAUGAUAUAUGUAGAUAUGGUACAAAGCUAAAGGAUUUAAGAAGAAGAUUGGAUACUGCUUUUAAUGAACAAAUUAUAAAUCCAGAUGGUAGUGGUGGCGGUGCCAACAAUUCAGAAAAGAUCAUCGAUGAAACACUAUUGGAAAAUGAAGAUGUAUUUGUAACUGGUAAUAUUGUUGAAGAGGUGGAUGAAGAUUUCUUUAGAUUUAAGGAACUCGGAUUGGGACCAUUAUCGGUUCCAAUGAAAUUAUUUCAUGGAACUAAUAAAACCAAAUACCCAGUUAAGAAAGUUGAUAAUUCACUAGAAAACAAAUAUUCACCACCGCCACCAUGGAAACCGAUUACAGAUUCAAGUAGUCGAAUUGGGUUAUUACAAGAAUUCUUCCAACUCAAAACUGAACAACACAAUGGACAAUUAAUUGAGGAUGAACAGUUGCCACCAAAACAAAAAUUCCAAAGGCCCAAAGUUCCGCCAACUGGUAAGAUACCACCUCAACCACGUCGACAACCACAAAAAUCAGUUGCUGAAUUGGCUGCAGCAUUAGCAGAGAAAAAAAGAAAAAGAGAGAAAGAGUUGGAGUUGUUAGAACAAAAAGAACGACAGAAAAAACUAAAACUUCAAGAGAAAGCAAAGAAGCAAGCAGAAAAGGAGGAACAAAAGAAACAAAAACAAUUGGAAAGGGAACAGGCCAAAAAGGCAGAGAAAAAAGCUAAAAUUGAUGAAAUAACAGUGGCAUCAUCAUCGUCAGCCAUCACUACCAAUAAUACUUUCUUAAAUAAUAAUAGCACUUCUCCAGGUGACGACAAUGAAAGUGAUUUGGAAAUAAUACCACUUUUUCAAAGGAAAAGAGAAAGAAGAAGAAUGUAA